CAAAGCCUGCGUGAUGACGUAUUUCCGGGGGGCGGGCCCUAGUGGAAACAUGGCUGUCAGUGUGAACGUGGGUACUGUGGUUGAAGCUCUGAAAAUACUGAUAACCCCUAGAGAAUCUGGAUCUACUGCCCAUAACACUGAUAAGCAGGCUGCCUUACUCAGCACCUUACAGUUUAAUGUGUCUUCCUUGGAGGAAGAACUAAAGCAAGUCUCAAAGUGGGGGGCUCUAGUCACUUUGCGAGAACGACUUUCAAAAGAUGCCCCAGGGUUUCAUGAAAGUUUACAAGAAGAUCCAUCAUGGAAGUUCACUUCAGUAGCCCUGCUACUACUGCUAUGUCUUAAGGAGUGCAUGAUUGAAUUGGCCAAGUCUUUUCAACCCUCUAAACCCAACCUGAGGACCCCUGAGGCAGCCCCUUCUCUGAGUCCAGAUACUCUUAGCAUAUCUCAGCAGAAGACUGUCCAGUCAGUGCUGCAGUUUGUGGUGUCUAUGGGAAUCUGCCCAUACCUUCUUCCAGGCAUUGGUCUUUCUUUACAGCAUCGAUCUGAAUUUGGAGCCCUUGUGUGUUCAAUGGUGUCGUGUGACUUGCCACAAGUUCGUACACGUAGGCUGUACAUUGCAUGCAUGUCCUUGUUGGAGGUGUCCCACCAUUCGUCUCUGGGAAGCCUGCUCUUUACACAGCAUCUUGGAGACCUUAUGGCUGGGCUGUGUCAACUUGGAUAUUGCCCUGCUAAUCAGGGCACAAAAGAGAGUCUGAAGGCUCUGUCAGAGAGUGAGAGGGGCCAGUGCAAGGAGGCUUUAAGAGGACUGUUGGAUCAGUUGUACCAGCCACUUGUUAUCCGAGAGCUGCUCAUUUUGCAGGGGGGUCCUAGACAGGGGCCUCGUCCUUCUGGUGCCUCUGCCUCCCUGCAGAGAGCUCCGGCACCUGCCUGGUUGCGCCGCCUCUCUGGACAGUUGCUCUCAGAAAGAUUGAUGAGACCUAAUGGGGUUCAAGCUGUGGUACGUGGGAUCCUAGAAGAUGCAGGAGUUGGAGUAGCUGGGGGUCGUGAAGCCGAGGCUGCUGCCAGUAACUGGAAGAAGUGUGAUGCAGUAGCAAAGGUCCUGGCAUCAUGUCCUCAGCAGUCAAUCACUGUUGAGGAGUAUUACCGAAAAGUAUGUCCGCAGAUCCUAGAUUUGCUGCACAUCCAGAACCCUCUGACAGCUCGACAGUUUCAAAGAGUCGCCACUGAAACAUUUUUGAAGAUGGGACGGGAGCAGCCUCAGCUGGCAGAGAAAUAUCUAAUUAUGCCCAUGCUGAAACCCUUACUGUAUUGUACCACAACAGAAGCAGAUAAGGCUCCAGACCCCGGAGAGACUCUGGUGUCUGAAUCUGCACUGUCACAAUGUAUUGAAGACAUUGUUAAGGUGUUCGUAGUUGGCAAUGAUCCCACAGUUGCCAUAUUGAAUGUCAGCAGACAACUCCUCUUGGUCAUCUUUUCCUUGUACUGUUUUGCCAGGCAGAAUGCAUCCCACAUACGCUCAUCAUGCCAGGAUAUCCUGCUCUGGUUUCUAGAGAAGUCCGACAGAGAAUCGGCAGUGUCAGCACUGGCAGGAUUGAGUGGCCUGGAAUGCUCUCUUCCAUCUUUGCCUCACUAUAGCUAUAUCAAGCCUGGGAGUGAAGGAGGAGCAAUGAUCGCUAUACGGGAAGACCAGAGCGAAGAUGAUGAGGAUGCCUUGUAUGACAGGGUGACCGGGGAGCAGUGGAGAUUGCAGUGUUUAGUGGAUUUACUCUCCAUUAAUCCUCACACUGGCCUAGCAGCUGAUUUCUUUCUCUAUUGUCUUAAGAGGCUGACACCCAUUACUGCAGGAGAGGAAAGCCCGGGCCUCAGUCCUAGUCCAGAGGAUAGUCUUUUAGAUAUAGAGUGUAAGCUCACACUUCGUUAUCAGUCUGGAGAGAAAAAGCUUCAGCUUCUUCAGGUUUUGUCGGUGCUCUGUGAGAGGAUCUCAGACUCCAUUUUUACAGACGUCAAGCAGGUAGUGGAGUUUGUUUUGAUGACUCUUGAGAGGGCCUGCACCAGUCUUGCCACCUCUAAAGGAGGUACCGUGGCAUCUGAAACACUCAGCAUGGCAAUGGGACUCGUUGCUGCCAUGUUGGGAGCUGUAGAGCUGACCUCAGCAGAUUUCGGAUAUUUGAAGCAAUUGAUUCCAGUGUUGGAAAAAGUAAUGGAGUCCCACCCGGAGCCAGUCAUUCAAGAGCUGGCUAGUGACCUGCGAGUUACCAUUGCCACACAUUGUGCUGUUCCCUUACCAAAUAGGACACAUAAUGACAGUGACACUGAGAAGAAAGACACAAGACAGCAAAGGCUUAACAAAGAUGCUGACCUACAGAACAUACAGGAGAUCCUAAGCUCAGCCAAAGAUCCUGAUGUACCCACCAGGGCAGCAGCUCUGCGCUCCCUCACUCGUCUCCUAGAGCAGAGGCACCCUCAGCUGACAGAACAUCGGGAGCAGGUGAUGCAGCUCUUUGUGGAGAAUUUAGAGCAAGAAGACCCCUUUGUGUAUCUGUCCGCUAUACAAGGUAUUGCUGUAAUGUCCGGAGACAUACCUGAGCGCAUCCUGCCCAUCCUCCUAGCGCAGUAUGAGAGUGCAGUGCCACCCAAGGCGAAGGCACCAGCUCCUGAGACUAGGAUGAAAGUAGGAGAAGCACUGAUGAGAUGCACACGGACUCUGGGUGACAUGGUCCUCCGACACAAAGACACAUUGAUUCAUGCAUUUUUGAGGGGUUGCCGGGAUCCAGACAGCUCUGUUAGAGCAAGCAGCCUUUCCAAUUUGGGUGAAUUGUGUAAGCAACUGCAAUUUUCCCUGGGUCCUGUUAUCCAUGAAAUGACCUCCUGCUUAUCAGCUGUGGUUCACACUGACCCAGAGGCUCAAGUAAGGAGAGCGGCCAUCCAUGUUAUCGUCUUACUUCUAAGAGGGCUCAGUGAGAGGGCAACCGAGGUGUUACGUGAUGUACUGCUGGAGCUGUACCGCUUGCUAAAAUUUGUAGUGCAGUGUGAGAAGGACUCUGUAUCCGUUCUUCACGCCCAGCUGGGACUGGAGGAAUUGGACAGCAUCAUGAGAGCAUUUCUCUUUCCUCCUCAGAAACUGGAGAAGAAAAUUAUGGUUUUACCAUAAAAGUUCAUUUCAUCAGAGACAGCCCUUUUCAGAAUAUGGGUUUCGGGGCAGUCAGCUUUUGGCAGGCGAGGCUGCCAUUCAGAUGAAUGGUAGUCUUUGGAGUACAUGAACAGGUCAACUCUUCUAGAAUGGGGGUGGGGGGCGUUGUGAGCAGAGGACCACCUUCUGUGAUGUACAUAUGCCCUAAAAUGGUAUAUGGAGAGGGGUUGUCUUCAUAAGCCAAUCCCUUUAAGGGUACUUUCACACUAGCAUUUUUCUUCUCCGGCACGGAGUUCUGUCCUAGGGGCUCAAUACCGGAAAAUAACUGAUCAGUUUCAUCCCCAUGCAUUCU